CCCAGAACCCACACACCCACCGUGUGUCAGCAAGACAGUGUGUGGCAGGGAAAGGGUUAAGUGGCAGAGAUAAAGUGGGGAAAUGAGCGGGUCAGACCUCACUGGGACCAGCUGCUGGGACUGACGGGAGACGAUCUGGGGUGGACUAGGACCAUAUCAUUGUGGAGUAAUUGUGUGACAUGGAAAUUGCAUGGUGAAAUCUGACAUGGCGCAACCUUUGCUCGGCAACAAGAACGGUGAUUCUGCCGCACAAUGCAUCUUGGCGUAUGGAGAUACCAUUGGGAUUCUGGGAACUGGGAAUUUUGCACGAUCCCUGGCCACACGUCUGCUGUAUUCGGGAUUCAAGGUUGUGGUGGGAAGCAGGAACCCUAAGCGCAAUGCCUGCCUCUUCCCAAGCGACGCUGAGGUGACUUGCCAAGAAGAUGCCAUGAAACGCGCUGAGCUGCUGUUUGUGGCGGUUUUUAGGGAACAUUAUUCAACAUUAAGCUCAUUGUCCGAGGCCUUGUCUGGGAAAAUACUGAUCGAUGUCAGUAAUAACCUGGAGAUCAACGUUCACGGAGAAUCCAACGCUGAAUACCUGGCCGCUCUCUUCCCACAGUGCACUGUGGUGAAAGCAUUUAAUGUGGUCUCAGCCUGGGCUCUGCAGGCCGGACCAAAGGAUGGAAACAAACAGGUCCUCAUCUCCUCCAACAGCCCCGAUGCCCGGAGCCGCGUAGCCUCCAUCGCUCGCAGCAUGGGAUUCAUCCCUGUGGAUAUGGGAUCCCUCUGCGCAGCUCGUGAAAUUGAGAACAUCCCUCUGCGCCUCCUGCCAUUCUGGAAGAUCCCGUCGGUGCUUGCUCUCUGCCUCUUCAUUUUCUUCUACCUCUACAACUUUGUGCGUGUGGUCCUGCACCCAUAUCUGAUGGAGAACAAGAACAUGUUCUACAAGAUGCCCAUAGAAGUGAUGAAUGUUACGUUACCCUGUGUGGCCUACGUUUUGCUGUCUCUGGUUUACAUGCCAGGAAUCCUUGCCACCUUUUACCAGCUGCGUUAUGGCACAAAGUACAGGCGAUUCCCAGACUGGUUGGACGAGUGGAUGUUGCACAGGAAGCAGAUUGGCCUGGUCAGCUUCUUCUUCGCGGCUCUGCACGCGGUGUAUAGCCUCUGUCUGCCCAUGCGUAGAUCUGCCCGCUACCAGAUCAUCAACGAGGCCAUCAAGCAGGUAAAGCAAAAUGUGUCCAAUUCCUGGGUGGAGGAGCAGGUCUGGAGAAUGGAGAUCUACGUCUCAGUCGGGAUAAUGGCCCUUGGAAUUCUGUCCCUCUUGGCUGUUUCUUCCUUACCAUCUGUCGGAAAUUCCCUGAACUGGAGAGAGUUCACAUUCAUCCAGUCUACGCUGGGAUUUGCCGCCAUGGUAAUCAGCACCCUCCAUACACUUACGUUUGGGUGGUCACGAGCGUUUGAAGGAAGCCGCUACAAGUUUUACCUGCCGCCUACCUUUACCCUCACGCUGGUGGUGCCUUUCAUCAUCAUAAUAGCCAGAAUCCUCUUCCUAUUGCCGUGUAUUCACGUAAAACUGCAGAAGAUCCGCAGAGGGUGGGAGAAGGACAAGUACGCAAAUGUCACCAGCCGGCUUCCCAGUGAGGGAUCAAGGGAAUCUUCCAGCAAUGUUUGACCGAAACGUCCUUCACGGCACUUCCACCAGGGCCUCCGCUCCUGGCUUACAUACAGCUGGAUAAGUCACCAGUUUAAAGUAACUUGUUGCCUCCAUGUUCUUGUAGACCAACCUGUAGACGUGAUUCCAAACUUUUACCAUAUGUACCAAAAAUACAAUGCCUUGUCCAAAAUAACCACUUCACGUAUGAAAUACUGCUCUGUGACAAAUGUCUACAGGAACUUGCUCUGUUCCAUAGAAGACCUUUCCUCCUCCGAUAACUCCUUCUGUGGGAAAGCCACGUGUCACCUAGUGCCAGGAAUUGUGCAGUUGGUUAGGGUUUCCCUGUUAUCCAGGCACAGGCAGCACCACGCUACGGGCAGAACCAGCGUUGGUCAUCCCCUUGAUGCCAUCAGGGAGCGGCCGUAGCGUCUGCCUCUGCUGUGAGCGCGUUAUUGGCGGAUGCUCUUCCAGCUCAGAUGCGGCUAGCUGUGCUGGCUGCUGCAAUGUAUUACCAAAACUACCAGAUCAGCCAAAGUAGUCAUUUGUAUCCGUUAUUACAGUCUGGGUAGUAAAUGUAGACUUAUUUAUAGCACAGAGCGGAAUAAACCUUAGUAACAGACCCCUCUGUCAUAUAUACAGAGAAGUGCCCUGUCUCAUAAUGGACAAGGUGUUUGCUCGCGGUCCCCCCAUUCCCUGGUACUCAUGCCUUUGCCUAAUCAGACUCUCCCAGUAUUGCCGGCUUUCACUGCGCCCUUAAGACGUAUGUUUUGUUAAAGCUUACCACCCUACUCUUAACUUGAUAUUCUUCCCUUCCCGCUUGCUGCUGGUAUAUUAACGCUUGGUACUGAGACGUGUUUUUAGGUUUACCCUGUACGGCGCUGCGCACACUUAGUGGCACCUUAUAAAAGUAAAUAAGGCGCCACUGUCACAGAUAAACUGUAGCGCUCAGUUAUUGCAUGGGUGAAGGAUAACAUCAUUUUUUAUGGGCUGUGUUCCACACACUUUACAUUUCAGGGGGCGUCCUGUAAUCACUGUUUACAUCAGAGGUUCUCAAACUCGGUCCUCGGGGGCUCACACAGUGCAUGUUUUGCAGGUCUCACAGAAUCACAAGUGAAAUAAUUAGCUCCACCUGUGGACCUUUUAAAAUGUGUCAGUGAGUAAUUAAUACACCUGUGCACCUGCAAAACAUGCACUGUGUGGGCCCACGAGGACCAAGUUUGAGAACCUCUGGUUCACAUAAUGGAAAUGUCUAUGUCAGUAAGUAAAACUAUCACUGAAGGGAUCCAGUGCUGGAAUAUAGGAGUCUGGCUGCAGGGCUCACACAAGGACAAUCCACAGGGACAAGCGGCUGUGUGUUAUUAAGAUUAUCGAAAUGUAUUUUAAUACUUAUAGACUAGGACCAAACGGGUAAUUACCCCGUCUCGUAGCAACAUCCCAGUGUACAUUUCCCAUAGGGAAUCGAUGUAAAUGCAGAACUGUCACAGACUCUUAUAUUAUAGACUGUUUCUGUAUUAUAUAUACACCAAAGCACAAUGCUGUAUUUACACCUUGUGCCUAUACCGGACCGUACGAUUGUAAGAUCUGUAUCUGUGCCUUAAUAAAGUGUAUUUACCCUGUA